AUGGGGUACAGUUUUUCGCGUGCUCAAAUGGAGGACUACAAGGAACUUGUCAAGGAUCGCUUCUCUGAGGAGGCCAUUGAGUUUCUGUACGCCAAAUUCCACAAGGCGGCGCCUGAGGGUGCCAUGACGCCCGUAGAAUUCAAAAGAUAUAUAGACAGUACUGAUGUGUACAAAAACUACAGGCAAACCCACCUGACAGCACCAUUGCUAGGUGGCAUUAAGAGUGCUAGUGGUAUUGGUGGUGGAAAUGCAGCAGUGAAGAAAACCUCAAGAAAUGUAGUGGACAGAGAGAUGUACUUGCACCUUUUUCGUGCAUACGAUCGAGACUGUGAUGGUGUGAUUUCCUUCAGGGAAUUUCUGCUGUAUCACUUGGCGGUGAUGUACUCCACCGAAGAGCUUUUUGUUGUCGUAUUCAACGCGUAUGACGAUGACCAGGAUGGCUACCUCUCUCUUGCGGACAUAAUUAGCACUAUCACAGCGGCAACGCGCUACGUGGGGGACUGCGAUGUUGAAGACCAGGAGGUGCAACGUGUGAUUGAGGAGGAGGCGCAGCGUCUCAUGUUUUUCUUGGAUGUCCGCAAAGAUGGACGUAUCCGGCGCGAUGAUAUGCGACUGAUCACACAGAAGCACCCCGAGGUACUGGAGAAGAUGAAGAAUUUGAUGUAA